CUCCUCUCUCUCACUCUGCCCAAUUCCAUAUACACAGAGGAAGGAGCUGCAAUCGCCAGUUGUGCUUCCAAUCCACGACGAUUCACAUGGCCGACGAAGCAAAGGCCAGAGGCAACGCGGCCUUCGCCGCCGGCGACUAUUCCACGGCGAUCCGCCACUUCACGGAGGCGAUUGACCUCGCUCCCACCAACCACGUCCUCUACUCCAACCGAUCCGCCGCGUACGCCUCCCUCGGCCAGUAUUCCGACGCCCUGUCCGACGCCCAGAAGACUGUUGACCUCAAGCCUGAUUGGUCCAAGGGCUACUCCCGCCUCGGCGCCGCUCACUCGGGGCUUCACCACUACGACGACGCCAUUAACGCCUACAAGAAGGGCCUCGAGAUUGACCCCAACAACGACGCUCUCAAAUCCGGCCUCGCUGAUGCUCAGGCCGCCGCCUCCAGAUCGCGGCCACCUCCGUCGGCGUCCUCUCCGUUUGGUGACAUUUUCUCGGGUCCCGAGAUGUGGACCAAGCUCACCGCCGACCCGGCUACGAGGGCCUAUCUUCAGCAGCCGGAUUUCUUGAAAAUGAUGCAGGACCUUCAGAAAAGCCCUAGCAAUUUGAAUCUCUAUUUGAAGGAUCAGAGGGUUAUGCAAGCUCUGGGGGUGUUGCUCAACGUGAAGCUCCAUACGCCGAAUUCGGCCGAAGAUAUGGAAAUUUCGGAGGCCACGCCGUCCGAGAGGAAGAGGCCGGCUGAGGUGGAGCUACCGAAGGAGCCGGAACCGGAGCCUAUGGAGGCGUUGGAGGAGGGAAAGGAAGCUAGAGAGAGGAAGGCGCAGGCUCAGAAGGAGAAGGAGGCUGGGAAUGCGGCUUACAAGAAGAAGAAUUUCGAGACGGCGAUUGAGCAUUACACUAAGGCGUUGGAAUUGGAUGACGAAGAUAUUUCUUUCCUCACCAACCGUGCAGCUGUCUACUUGGAGAUGGGAAAGUAUGACGAAUGCAUUAAAGAUUGUGAUAAAGCUGUUGAGAGGGGUAGGGAGCUUAGGUCAGACUUUAAGAUGAUUGCAAGGGCCUUGACAAGAAAAGGAACUGCAUUGGUUAAGAUGGCAAAAUGUUCAAAGGACUACGAACCUGCUAUUGAAACAUUCCAGAAAGCUCUUACAGAGCAUCGCAACCCUGAUACGUUGAAGAAGCUAAAUGAUGCUGAAAAAGCAAAGAAAGAUCUUGAGCAACAAGAGUAUUUUGACCCAAAAUUAGCUGAUGAGGAGCGUGAAAAAGGCAACGAGUACUUCAAAGAGCAGAAGUAUCCAGAGGCUGUGAGACAUUAUACAGAGGCCCUAAGGAGGAACCCGAAAGACCCAAGGGUAUACAGUAACAGGGCUGCAUGCUACACAAAACUUGGGGCAAUGCCUGAGGGAUUGAAGGAUGCGGAGAAGUGCAUCGAGCUUGAUCCAACUUUUGCCAAGGGGUACAGUAGAAAAGGUGCAAUUCAGUUCUUCAUGAAAGAGUACGACAAAGCUUUGGAAACAUACCAAGAAGGAUUGAAACACGAGCCUAAGAAUCAGGAAUUGCUAGAUGGCGUGAGGAGAUGUGUGGAACAGAUUAACAAGGCCAGCCGUGGAGAUUUAACCCCCGAGGAACUCAAGGAGAGACAGGCUAAGGGAAUGCAAGAUCCUGAAAUUCAGAACAUCCUUACAGAUCCUGUUAUGAGACAGGUGUUGGUUGACUUCCAGGAAAAUCCCAAGGCUGCUCAGGAGCACAUGAAGAAUCCCCAAGUGAUGAACAAGAUCCAGAAGCUAGUCAGUGCUGGUAUAGUCCAGGUCAGGUAAAAGCUGAAAAGAGAUGUUUGCCAGCGCCAGCUACACGGAUCUGUUUGGUUGCAGCACUCUCCUAGUCCUAGUGUGUAUUUUCUGCACAUUGAUUCGACUGAUAAGAGUAAUUUAACUAGUAACUUUCAAAAUGUUGCUGCUUUCCAUAGACUGGAUUAUUAAUCUGGAGAUACUUCUUGUUCUUGUUUUUGUUUUCGUUUUUGUGAUGGAAGAUGGAGCCAAACACUUGAAAUUGAUUUUCGUCA